UUUGAACCCUGGAGCCAAGCCUUGGGGUUCCACACGUGGCAGGUAGUUGACAAAGCUUCAGGUUGAAUGGGAUUCGACAAAGACCGUCUACUUCUGUGUCUCGUGAUGUGGUUGGCAGCCUCGAUGGUUUCUUCUCUGUGGGGGGAUAUUAUCUUAUUAUGACUCCCCUGAAGAUGCGUGGAAGGGCUGCAAAGGAAGCAUCCAAAUGGCGGUCUGUGAAAUUCAAGUUCACUCCGCAGAUAACACCCGGAUGGAUCUGAUCCUCCCUGGGGAGCAGUACUUCUACCUGAAAGCCAGAAACGUGGCAGAGAGACAGCGGUGGCUGGUGGCCCUGGGCUCGGCAAAGGCUUGCCUCACGGACAGCAGGGCCCAGAAGGAGAAAGAGUUCACCGAAAACACGGAGACCUUGAAAACCAAGAUGUCGGAGCUCAGGCUGUACUGCGACCUCCUUGUGCAGCAGGUGAACAGAACUAAAGAAGCCACAGCGGCCGGCGUGGGGGACACGAAGGAGGGGAUCGAUGUGGGCACUCUGCUGAAGUCGACCUGCAACACCUUUCUGAAGACGCUGGAAGAAUGUAUGCAGAUCGCGAAUGCAGCCUUCACGUCGGAGCUGCUGUACCGGACCCCCCCGGGCUCCCCCCAGCUGGCGGUGCUCAAGCCCAGUAAGACAAAACUUCCCAUCAUACCGAUUCACAGCACUCUGGAAAGGCAGAUAGAAUUGAACAGCUGUGAAAAUGGAUCCUUAAAUACGGAAAUGAGCUAUUCCGAAGAAACCUUAAUUAAAAGCGAGAUCCCCUCAUGUGCGAAGCCCACCGAGAAGGGGAACUGCUUGUCAACUGAAGAAAGUGCAGAAGAUCUUUUAAUAGUCCAGAGUGAUGAAAUCAAGGAUGAUGGAGAAAGAGACAUAGAAACGCCUCCUGAGAGUGACGUGGAGCCCCCACGGGAGCAUCCCACGGGCAUGAAUCCUGUAAGUGAAUCUCCUGGGGCACAGCUGGAAGAGGAAAAGGAGGAGGUCCAGACUUUCUUCAGUGCCAUGAAUACCAGCUUUAGCGACAUUGAGCUCCUGGAAGACAGCGGCAUCCCCACUGAAGCGUUCCUGGAGUCAUGCUACGCCAUAGUUCCGGUUCUAGAUAAACUUGGCCCGACAGUCUUUGCUCCUGUUAAAAUGGACCUUGUUGGAAAUAUUAAGAAAGUUAAUCAGAAGUACAUCACCAACAAGGAAGAGUUCACCACCCUCCAGAAGAUCGUGCUGCAUGAAGUGAGUGCAAACGUGGCUCAGGUCAGGAACUCAGCCACGGAGGCCCUCUUGUGGCUAAAGAGAGGACUGAAGUUUUUGAAGGGUUUCUUGACGGAAGUGAAGAAUGGAGAAAAGGAUAUCCAGACGGCCCUGAACAACGCCUACGGCAAGACGUUGCGGCAGCACCACGGAUGGGUGGUUCGAGGCGUCUUUGCGCUAGCGCUAAGGGCAGCUCCAUCCUAUGAAGAUUUCGUGGCGGCGCUGACCAUCAGGCAAGGGGACCAUCACAAAGAGGCCUUCAGCCUCGGAAUGCAGAGGGACCUGAACCUUUACCUGCCAGCCAUGGAGAAGCAGCUGGACGUCCUGGACAGCCUGUAUGAAGCCCACGGGCUGGAGUCCGAUGAAGUGGUCUGACCGCCGUGGACCAGUGCCUCGUCACGACUUCAGGGAAUGACUCGGGAUCCGAUCUUGGCUUUCCAAGGCUCGCUUCCGUCAGCCUCCUCCUUCCUCCCCCUGCCUUCCCCUGGGACAGUGAGGGGGCCAGACGGAGCCUCUGCUCUUCUGGGUCAAAGCUCCCAGUUUCUGCACAUCUGUGUGUGUGAGGACCCAGGUGCUAUGUCCCGGUUCUGAGGGCCCGUCAGGCACCAGGUUGUCCAGGGGGCCCUGGUGUGUGCUCUGACCCCACACGCGGCCAGGGAGGUCGGGCCUCGCUCUCCUCUCAGAGGCCAAACUGGGCGUGAGUUCUUGGACAAGGAUUAAUGUCUGCAGGGGCCGUUUGGGCCUGUCGCAGACUUCAGCCGACAAUGUUUUUGAGAUGAUUGGAAACGGACGCUAAUCCCCCUAACCCAUCCCCCUUUGUUCUGUCCUCCUAUUUUACCUUCUCUGCUCUUCUUUCCUUUGGCUGCUGCCCAGAACAUCCUCCGCGUGUCUGGGGGUUGGCCCCCAGAGGACAGCCCCUUCCUCUCCAGAUCACCAACCCCACCUGGUCCUAUCACAGGGGAGGUCAGGAAGAGACGGGAAUAACCACGGCAGUCAUCACAGCUCACCUUCUUGUAGCGCUCUCCCACGACAGAGGGCUUCCCCAGCUUUCUCCUGGAGUAAUGUAGGUGCCAUGUCCAUUUACAGUGGAAGAAGCUGAGGCAGGUGGAGGCGAUGCUUAGAAUGCAUCUUCUAACUGGAGACCUGCUCUCUCAGGAUCAUUCCCUCGCAGGCGUGCUCCCCAAUUUCUGCGUUUCCCGUCUGGCUUGUGUGCAGGUGAGCAUCACAGAGGCAGCUUGGGGACAGUGACCUCGCAGCUACCAGGACAGACCUCCCAGGGAGACAUAAGCCUCCCCCGAGACACAUACACAGAGCCCUCCUUUUCUCCCAGAGCUUCCUGCAGAAGGACAUCAUCCCCCUCGGGGUGGGCGGGUGGGGAUUUCUAAGCAAACAAGUAUGAAUUCAGUUUAAAAGAACUCAGCUCCUGUUCCCAGUCAAGCACUGAAUGCCGAAGAGAAGCUGCGGGCUUUUUAGGGGAAGUAGAGACAGCAGGCACUAAGCCAUGUUGUGUUGGAGCCACGGACCCUGGGAGCAGCCCUGCCUGCACGUCCUUCCUGGGGAUAGGCAGAGAGGUCACAAGGCUGGCAGCGGACGCGGGGACGGAGGAGGAAUUUGGGCUUCCCAUCUGUGCCUUUCCCCACUGAGGGAGUCUCAGAUCUUGGCUUCUCCUUUUCUGAAGCUGGAAGCGUGUUUUAUUGAUAGAGAAAGAUGAAGGAGAGGAGGAUGAUUUCUGCGAGCAUCCUGACGUCAGCCCGUUCUCAUUCCGGAACAAAACUGUCCGUUCACGCUCUGCCGGUGCAUGGGGGGGCCACGCCUGAGGCUGGGCUUGGUCGCAGCUCAGGCUCUUCUGGGGCUGGGCUCUUUGGACUCUUUGUGUGUGCUGCCUUCGAGCACCGGGCUCUGUUCUCUGUCCAAGUGGAGGGGGCUUGAUGUGAGCACUGAAGACCAGGAAUUGAGGCUGCCGGGGGCUUCAGUAGUCAUAUCCCUUUGCUGAGUCUCAUUUCUGUUCUCUAUAAAAUGAGGGAAAUAGACCCACCCA